AUGAUACAUGGCCUGCGUCUCCUUCGAGGAGCCCAGACCCAUAAUGUCACCUACAGGUCACUGACACUUCCUUCCCUACGCUCACGAUCGGUACAUCCGUCCCUCGUGCGCCACGUCCAGUCGCAAGCCUUCCAACCCGCGCGCCCUAUCAACCCCGCCGACCUGCCCAAACCGAAAGUACGAAAGAUCAAGCCUCCGUUCCGAAGGCGGAAAUGGGUGCGCCGUCUGUUCGUCUUUUCCGCGCUCGUGGGCAGCGGAUAUGUGCUGGAUAAGCAGUUCAACGCCUCGGCUCUCACGCGCAGCUUUCGCACUUUUAAGACUGGCCUUGUCAUAGGCCUGGACUACAAGAUUAAUUUCCGCGCUCACCCUCCGCUGGUGAAUAGCAUCGAGGAACUGCAUGCGCGCAAUGCGACAAGGAUAUUCGAUCUGUUGCGGUACAAUGGCGGGCUGUACUUGAAGAUUGGGCAGGCGAUUGCGAUGCAGAGUGCUGUGCUGCCGCCGCAGUUUCAGAAGAUGUUUGCCAAGAUGUUCGAUGAUGCGCCGCAGAAUGAUUGGGCUGAGGUGGAAAGGGUCGUGCGGGAGGACUUUGGGAAGAGCGUGGAGGAGGUUUUUGGCGUGAGCUUUGCGGGGGAGCAGGGCAAGGGCGUGAUGGAGAAGACAGCGCGAGCGAGCGCGAGUGUGGCGCAGGUGCAUUGGGCGAGACUGGCUGAUGGCAGGGAGGUCGCGAUAAAGGUCCAGAAGAGGGAGAUUGCAGAUCAGGUAGGAUGGGAUCUGUGGGCGUUCAAGGUUGUCGCGAAGGCAUAUACCUGGUGGUUUGGGAUACCUCUCUACACGCUGGUGCCGUAUAUCACCGAGCGGUUGAUGCUGGAGACCGACUUUCAAAACGAGGCGGACAAUGCGGAGAAGAUGCGCGAGUUGGUCGCUGGAGAGAAGCGCUUGAACGGACGAGUCUACAUCCCGCAAGUGUACAGGGAGCUCUCGAGUAAGCGUGUCAUGACGGCAGAGUGGAUAGAAGGCGUGCGACUCUGGGAUAAAGAAGGUAUACAAGACCGCUGGCAGGGCGGCUUCCGACAAGGCAGCCCCGGAGCAGGUGGCUCCAAGCUCCCACCGUUACCCAACGACAGGACCAACGUCGACGAAUCAGUCCCCGAAGACGCCCCCAAGCACCCACUCUACAAGCCCAACCGCAAGCAAUGGAAAGGCAAAGACGGCAAAGGCGGUCUCGGCGUCUCCCUCAAGACCACCAUGAACACCAUCGUCGACCUCUUCAGUGCCCAAAUGUUCCUCUGGGGCAUCGUCCACUGCGACCCCCACCCAGGCAACAUCUUCAUCCGGCGGCUCCCCAACGGCCAACCCGAAGUCGUCCUCAUCGACCACGGCCUCUACAUCCAAAUGUCCCCCCAAUUCCGCCACCAAUACGCCCUCUUCUGGAAGUCCCUCAUGGCCUUCGACAACGCUACCAUCCGCGACAUCGUCUCCAGCUGGGGCAUCAACAACCCCGACAUAUUCGCCUCCGCAACGCUCAUGCGCCCCUACCAAGGCGGCGACAACAGUACCCUGAAUGAAUUAAAGAAAGGCGGCAAAGGAAAAGACCAAGCCGAGCGCGCCUUCGAAAUGCAAGCCAAGGCUCGAGACGGCAUAAAGCAGAUCCUAGGCGACGAAACAAAGUGGCCCCGCGAGUUAAUCUUCAUAGGGCGCAAUCUGCGCAUCGUCCAGGGGAACAACCAGUUCCUCGGGUCGCCUGUAAACCGCAUUAAGAUAACUGGGCUGUGGGCGUCGCGCGCGCUCGCGGAGUCGCCGGACCUGAGCACCGGGCAGCGGUGGAGGAAUUGGGUUCAGCAUCUGAGGUUUCGCCUUGUGCUGUUGCUGAGCGAUGCGUAUUUUACGUGGAGUAAGGUUAAGCAGGCGGUGGGGGUGGGAAGGGGAUGGAGGAGGAUAUUGAGGCGCAUAUGA